AUGUCGCUCGUUUUUGAUGAGUAUGGUAGACCGUUUAUUAUUUUCAAGGAUCAAGACAGAAAGGUCCGGACGAAGGGCUUAGAGGCGAUUCGGGCGAACGUUGCCGCAGCGACGGCCGUAUCGCGCACCCUGCGAAGCUCGCUGGGUCCGAACGGCAUGGAUAAGCUGCUGGUUUCCGCCGACGGUGACGUUACCGUUACAAACGACGGUGCAACAAUUCUGAAAGAAAUGAACGUGAGCAAUGAAGUUGCGAAACUUAUGGUUGAUCUGGCAAGCGCACAAGACGAUGAGAUCGGUGACGGCACCACUGGCGUCGUCGUGCUAGCAGGGGCCCUGCUCGAGCAAGCGCAACAGCUCCUGGACCGAGGCAUGCACCCGUCAAGAAUAAGUGACGGCUUCGAUCGUGCGUGCGCGAUUGCUGUGGAUCAUCUGGAAAAGAUCGCCCAAGUUAUGGAGCACACCAAGGCGGACACGUCACAACUGGUGCGGGCGGCAGUAACUGCGCUCAACUCCAAGGUCGUCAAGCGUCAUAGUGAGGCACUGGCACACGUGUGUGUGAAAGCGGUGCUUGCAGUUGCGGAUCUCGAGCGACGUGACGUGAACUUGGACUUGAUCAAAAUCGAAGGCAAAGUGGGCGGGCGCCUCGAGGACACGAUUUUUGUCGACGGCAUUGUCAUCGACAAGGACAUGUCGCACCCGCAGAUGCCCAAACAAAUAACCGAUGCCAAAAUCUGCAUCCUGACGACUCCCUUUGAACCUCCCAAGCCGAAGACGAAGCACCGCCUCGAGAUAAGCAGCGUCGAGCAGUAUCGCGAGCUGCAGCAUGCUGAACAAGAAUACUUCACGAACAUGGUUAAACGAGUCAAAGACAGCGGUGCAAACCUGGUUAUAUGUCAGUGGGGUUUCGACGAUGAAGCCAAUUCGCUCUUGUACCAGAAUGGUAUCUGUGCAGUUCGCUGGGUCGGCGGUGUCGAGAUCGAGCUCAUCGCGAUGGCCACAGGCGGCCGCAUCAUUCCGCGCUUCGAGGAGAUCACUCCUGAGAAGCUCGGCCACGCUGCAUCCGUCCGUGAGUUACAUUUCGGGACGACACAUGACAAGGUCAUUGUCAUCGAAGGGUGCCGUAGCACCCGCGCAGUCACCAUUUUGGUGCGCGGUGGCAAUAAAAUGGUGCUCGAGGAGACCAAGCGCAGCCUGCAUGAUGCGCUCUGCGUUGUACGCAACCUCAUUCGGGAUCAGCGGGUUGUGUGCGGCGGUGGUGCGUCUGAGAUUGCUGGCGCUAUCGCCGUAGCCGAGGCGGCGGAUUGUUGCCUCGGACCCGAGCAGUACGCGAUGCGAGCCUUUGCCGAGGCACUGGACUCGAUCCCUAUUGCCCUCGCUGAGAACAGCGGUCUGUCGCCCAUUGAGACUCUGUCGAGUGUUCGCGCCCGUCAAAUCGCUGAGCGCAAACCGUAUUACGGCAUCGAUUGUCUCGGAAUCGGCACGAUGGAUAUGCGUGAGCAGAACGUUUACGAAACACUGGAGAGCAAGAAGCAACAAUUCCAGCUUGCGACGCAGCUAUGUAAGAUGAUUUUGAAAAUUGACGAUAUGCUCCAGCCGAAUUCGUUGAGCUAA